GUAGGUCCACACCCAGGAUCUGAACCCCCGAACCCUGGGCCACCAAAGUGAAGUGCAUGAACUUAACCACUAUGCCACUAUGGGCUGGCCCCAACUUUCAAUCUCUUAGUAACACCUUUUUGCAGACAUGACUCAUGGCUAGCAUAUACUUGUAUUUUGUUUUAUGACCUUUUCUGAGAGCUUUGUCUCUAACUAGGAAAUAUUACACCAUUUGUAUUUUUUAUCCUAAUUUCUAUCAUCAUGUUCUCUGGUUUAUUUUAUACCUCCUUGUUCUCCCUCCACUUUUUUGUUUGUUUUUUAAUUUUCCUGGAAUGGAGGAGUAGCUGUACUUUUUCUGGCCUUUUGAAGUUUUAUAUCCUGGCUUUUAGUUCUACAGGUGGUCUCAUAAGAAUUAUUUUUUAGAUGGAAUUCAAUAUUUUGAGUUGCCUUUUUGCCCACUGAGAAGAUGGGCUUUAUUUCAGAAGUUUGAGUAGUUCGGCUGGGUGGGCUAAGGAACAGGUCUCUGAAUCCCUACCCUGACUAUUCUGAGAAGCAGAGAUGUUCAGAGCACCUCCCCUGGGUGUCAGGAGGAGGGUCUCGGCUGACCUGGCUGGCAGCAUAAGACUACAGUGUUUAGGUCUCCCUCUGCCAGCUGCCCCUUCAUUUCAAUUUAGGGCUUCUAGGCCUUUUUCUGGGCAUGGUUCCCAGAAAGUCCCUCUGCUGCUGCUGCCCUGAUCAGGUUUCUGGAUCUGUUAAUAAUAGACAACAGUGGGGGAAGGGCUAGGAUCGUUAUGGAAAUAGGAACAACUAAACCAGAUGGACAGUUCCUGUGCCCGGGGCCCUGUCUGUCUGCUCCCUUCCUGGAUCUAAACAGCAUCCUGCAGCGGGCAUGUCUUCUAAGUCACACUUUGGAGCCACACUAACCUUGUGAAGGUCUCCAAGGGCCUGCCCUGAAAAUCCGAACACACAAUCUAGGGAGAACUGGUGUGCUUAUGAGAAUGCUGAAACCAAAUACUUGAGAUCUGGGCUCUUUCAGAAAACCCAGGAUGAGAGACAGUACCUCUCACAGAACACCCAGAGGGGAAAGAGGUUGGGCAGCAAUUAGGGAAGGCAAAUAGUGACUCAGAAAGAGGCAAGCCGCAGAUAGUCCUGGAGUGUAGAAGAGGAGUGAGGAAUGUGAAGGGGAAGCAUGGAAAAAUAAGGACAUGAGGUCUUGGGGAAGUAGAAAUGGGAGAGCAAGAUACACAUGUGAGACAGGGCCUCCAUUAAAUAAAUCUGAAAUCAGCGGCUUAAAUCUUGGUGCCCUCUAGUCUUCUGUUCGCUAGGAAUGGCCUCCUUCUUAUGCCUCCACUCCCCACAUAUUCCUCCUCCUUUAUCAAAACCUACUCUCAGUAGAGUAUGGUAAACUGAACCUAGGUGUAAAUUAUGAAAGGCUAAUAGGGCUUCAGAAAUUAUCAGAAAAAUUUGUAAAAUAUAACAGAUAUAGAAAACUACAUAAAGGAAAGCUGUAUCUUAAGAAGUUAUUAUAAAGUGAAGACCCAUGUUAGUGCCCAGGACCAGAAAUAGAACUUGGCCAGCUAUUCCAGAAGCCAGCUGUGCCCCACCCCAUCACAACUCCUCCCUCCUCCCCAAAGUACGCAGUAUCCUGACAUUUAUGGUAAUCACUUAGGAGGAUUUUAUUUUAAUGAGACUAAAGGUUUAGCUAUAAAUAUUCACUAAUGGUAGAAUGUUAGGCAGUUGAAGGGUGUUGGGGGGAGCCAUGGCAAAACCACAUCAUUUCAUACAGUUACUUCCCUCUUUGCCUGUGAUUCAGACACACCUCACUAGAAAGGAUCCCACAGAGGUCCCAACACAGGGCUGUGCCCUAUGCCCUCACUAUCACCCACUGGUCCAGAAAGAGCCAUACCCUGCAGUCUUCCCCCAGACAGAGCAAAAGCAGGUCCCAGCUCACAGUGCUUGGGAGAGUGCAAGGGACUGGUUGUCCCUGCUGCUGACACGGGAGUCGGGGAUAUUGCCUAUACUUCCCUGGACCUCAAUUUCUCACUGUGAAGGAUGGGGCUAUAAUAAAGCCCUUUACAAUCCCCUAUUCCUCUCCUAACUUGGUCCCCUUUCCUCAAUCUUGGUUUUUGUUUCAGCUGCCCAUUUAUUCCCCCUUGUAAGAAGCUCAUUACCUUCCUUUCCCCAGUUGGGUGUCUUUCCAGUCUUGUGCUCCUCUUUUGCCGUCAAUCCUUACACUCCGUGAGACUGCUUCAUCUCUACAAAGACCUUUAUGAACACGCAUAUAUGUCCUUGCACAUUGAGGUGCUGAACAACUGCUCGUAGAAUGAAUGAAUGUAAAGGAAGAAUAAGUGGAUUGUUUCAUACAUUCAUGUAUGCAUUCCUUCAAUAUUUAGCAAGUGCUAAAUCUAGCGAGUGCAUAGAUACUCACCCGUCCCUCUGCACUCCAAGAUCAUUCCUCUCCUCUCUUUCUCCUCAUCUUCCUCCUUUCCCAUCCUAUUUCUUUUUUCCUCUCCCUGUGCCACAGAACUAGAUUGAGUGCCCUGCAAGGCAGGAUGCAGAGACACAGAAGCAGGCUGAUAGAAAUAGACACCAUGGAAAGGAGCCAGAUGAAAUAAGGGCAAAGACAGCCGUAUAACGUGCUGAGAGAAAUGGACCAGAAUGAAAAGCAGUGAUUCAUGGAGCACUGCAAGUCAGACCCUCCUUGGGUUUCAUUUUGAGAGCUACUGUGGGAUUGGGGUCAGUGAGGGCUGGCAUCCAGAUGAAGGGCAGCCAGGUUCCUCCUCCCUGGAGAUGUAGUGCCCGUCAAUCCCUCCCCUUAAUCCUUUUCUAUCCACCCCACCCCCACUAUUCCCUCACACUGACCAAUGUCCUGGGCCUUUAAGAAUUGGAGGGGCUGGACUGAGGAGAGCUCACACCUCUCCCCACCCUACUCCUUCCCUCUGGCUGUAACUGCCAGUCACAGCAGCAAACUGCGGUAGAAGUGGGAAGGAAGCGAAGGAUUGCAAGAGGAGCAAAAGAGAAAAGGAAGCUGGCGGGGUUUCCUCGUCCCACAGUGGAUAGCAUCGCGGAGCUCACAGACACAGGACUGCUACCCUGCCCACGGUGACUCUAGCAGCAGCUGGUGGAGCAGUGGGUCAUGGCGUCCCUGCUGCAAGGCCGGCUGCCUGUCAAUCAAGACCUCCUGCUGAUGCAGAAAGGCAUGUCGAUGCGCAAGGUGAGGUCCAAAAACUGGAAGAAACUGAGAUACUUCAGGCUUCAGGACGAUGGCAUGACAGUCUGGCAUGCCCGACAGGCUGGAGGCAGUGCCAAGCCCAGCUUCUCAAUCUCUGACGUGGAGACAGUGCGUGAGGGCCAUGAGUCUGAGUUACUGCGCAGCCUGGCAGAGGAGUUCCCCCUGGAGCAAGGCUUCACUGUCGUCUUCCAUGGCCGCCGCUCCAACCUGGACCUGGUGGCCAACAGUGUUGACGAGGCCCGGAUCUGGAUGCAGGGGCUCCAGCUGUUGGUGGACUUUGUCACCAGCAUGGACCAACAGGAGUGGCAGGACCAAUGGCUGAGUGACUGGUUCCAGCGUGGAGACAAAAACCAGGAUGGUCGGAUGACCUUCCAAGAAGUCCAGCGGUUACUGCGCCUGAUGAAUGUGGAAAUGGACCAAGAAUAUGCCUUCCAGCUUUUCCAGACAGCAGACACGUCCCAGUCUGGGACUCUGGAGGGAGAAGAAUUUGUCCAGUUCUAUAAGGCAUUGACUAAGCGUGCUGAGGUGCAGGAAAUCUUUGAAAACUUUUCAGCUGAUGGGCAGAAGCUGACCCUGCUGGAAUUUGUGGAUUUCCUCCGAGAGGAGCAGAAAGAAGGAGACCAUGCUUCUGACCUUGCUCUGGAACUCAUCGACCGCUAUGAGCCUUCAGAGAGCGGCAAACUGUGGCACGUGCUGAGUAUGGACGGCUUCCUCAGCUACCUCUGCUCAAAGGAUGGAGACAUCUUCAACCCAACCUGCCGCCCCAUCUACCAGGAUAUGACUCAACCCCUGAGCCACUACUACAUCAACUCCUCUCACAACACCUACCUAGUGGGGGACCAGCUUUGUGGCCAGAGCAGCGUCGAGGGAUAUAUACGGGCCCUGAAGCGGGGUUGCCGCUGCGUGGAGGUGGAUAUAUGGGAUGGACCUAGCGGGGAACCUAUUGUUUAUCAUGGACACACCCUGACCUCCCGCAUCCUGUUCAAAGAUGUCGUGGCCACUGUAGCACAGUAUGCCUUCCAGACAUCAGACUAUCCAGUUAUCUUGUCCCUGGAGAACCACUGCAGCUGGGAGCAGCAGCAGAUCAUGGUACAGCACCUGACCGAGAUCCUGGGGGAGCUGCUGCUGAGAACCACCUUGGAUGGACUGCUGCCCACUCAGCUGCCCUCACCUGAGGAGCUUCGGAGGAAGAUCCUGGUGAAGGGGAAGAAAUUAAGGACACUUGAGGAGGAUCUGGAGGAAGAGGAAGAGGAGGAAGAGCUAGAGUCUGAACUGGAGGGGGAGCAGGAGGAUGAGCCGGAGCUGGAGGCCCAGUUUGAGUUUGAGUCCCAGAAGUUGAGCCCUCGCAGUAAAGACAAAAAGAAGGAGAAGAAAUUCAAGCCCAGCUUGUGUCCAUCUCUCUCUGCCCUGGUUGUGUACUUGAAGUCUGUCUCAUUCCACAGCUUCACUCAUUCGAGGGAGCACUACCGCUUCUAUGAGAUAUCAUCUUUUUCUGAAACGAAAGCCAAGAGCCUCAUCAAAGAGGCUGGCAAUGAGUUUGUGCAACACAACGUCUGGCAGUUAAGCCGUGUAUAUCCCAGUGGCCUGAGGACAGAUUCGUCCAACUACAACCCCCAGGAACUCUGGAAUGCAGGCUGCCAGAUGGUGGCUAUGAAUGUGCAGACUGCGGGGCUUGAGAUGGACAUCCAUGAUGGGCUCUUCCGCCAGAAUGGUGGCUGUGGCUACGUGCUGAAGCCAGACUUCCUGCGUGAUGCCCAGAGUUCCUUCCACCCUGAGAGGCCCAUCAGCCCUUGCAAAGCCCAGACCCUCAUAAUCCAGCCCUGGUUUCAGGUGAUCAGUGGUCAGCAACUCCCCAAAGUGAACAAGACCAAAGAGGGCUCCAUUGUGGAUCCACUGGUGAGAGUGGAGAUAUUUGGCAUCCGCCCAGAUACAACCUACCAAGAGACCAACUAUGUGGAGAACAAUGGUUUUAAUCCAUACUGGGGGCAGACACUCUGCUUCCGGGUCCUGGUGCCUGAACUGGCCCUGCUGCGUUUUGUGGUGAAAGAUUAUGACUGGAAAUCCCGACAUGACUUUGUUGGUCAGUACACCCUGCCUUGGACUUGCAUGAAACAAGGUGAGCCAGUCCUUCGACCCCUGGCCAACACCCCAGCUCUGGCUGCCUUCCUAACACCAUCCUCCUGCCCCUUUCCAGGUUACCGCCACAUACACCUGCUCUCCAAGGAUGGCACCAGCCUCCAGCCAGCUUCCAUCUUUGUGCACAUCUGCACCCGAGAAGGGCUGGAGGGGGAUGAAUCCUGAGGCGGGCACUUCAUGGGAAGGGUGGCUACACUGGCUUUGGAUGGUAAGCAAAACCUGGAAGGAUGCUCCAGAAAGCAAACAGAGGUGGUGAAAACCAAGCUUUGGACUGUGCAUUCCUAGGCACAAAAUUAUCUCCCCCUUCCUAACAAGCAAACCUAGGACCUGACUGUUUACCUUUCUCUUCCCUCCCUUCGUUUUCACCCAUCUUUGGUAUCCUUCCUGCCCUUUCCCUUUGCAUUCCUUCAGUCCUUUUGCUUUAGGUUCAAUCUCAUACCCAGAUUUAGGACUAAUUUCUCCCAUCAGCUCUAGCUCAAAGGCAGACUACAACUGGAAAUCCAGAGGGCAGAGAAACCCAGAGGCAUUAUCCCCUCCACCCCUCACUUCUUCCAAGAUCAGAGCCUUGGAAAAACAGAUCCAGCCUCAAGGCUCCCCAGGCAAAGGCUGAGGAAAGAGACCUGACUCCCAGACUAUACUGUGACUCUCAAGACAACACCGUAUAGCCCCCAAAUCCCCAGUGGACUGCUCCUCCCUAGUCCCACCGGUAUAAAUACAGCUUCUCUCCCCAGUUUGGCUUGA